GUGACGUCGCACGCAACGGAGACAAAUGGCCGCGUCGUUCCGCGCGCUGUUGCGUCGCUGCAGCCGUUGGAGCAGGUGCUUCCCCUCGGCCUUGUCCCACGGCAGGAUCCCCGCUGGAAGGUGGCAGCAAGUGGCGCUGGGGCUGGGAGCAACGCUGGCCGCUGUCCCCGUUGUCCAGCAUCAACCUACAUCUCUCAAUCAUGAAGAUUUAAUUAAACGGGCAGUGUCAUUGGUUACGGAUGGUGCCAAUACCUUUCUGUCACAAACUACUCUCGCACUAAGUGAUGCUUUAAUAGAAUAUACUAAGGCAAUCUACAUUCUGAUCUCCCUUCAAAAGAGGUAUAAUGGUCUAAGUGGUCAGAUAAGUGAAAAGGAAGAAGGUGCUAUUUGGCAGAUCAUAAUCGAAGCUCGUGUUAAGGUGAAGGAGAAGCAGGAGAAGUAUCUCAGCUUUGAGACCAAGUGGAUGACCGCAGUCCACCUGUCCGAAAUGGCAGCAGGGGCUGCGUAUCAAACAGGUGCAGAUCUGGCCUCAGUGGCUAUGCACACACACAUCCAGAUGGCACAGAGUCAGGUGGGUGAGGUAAAACAAUUGGCCCUGCAAGCUGAGGAUAAAUUGGCUGAAGUUCAGGUGGAAGAAAUUAAUCUAAAGGGGAAAGAGGCUUCAGUUAAAGGCACACAGCGGACUGCAAUACAACCAACAAAUGAUGAGGAAAUACCUGAACAGUACCUGCGGGAAGACUAAUUCGUAAUUAAUAAUUUUAUAUGACUUUAAUGAUUUCAACCCUUUAGAAUCAAAUGGACUGUGGAAUUGUAUGCUUAAGUUAACUGGUGUGCUAACAUUUGUAAAUUGUACCAAUAAUUUUGUACUAGGUCAUUUUUGUUGAAACAUUACUAAUUGUCCAUUAAUAAUAAUUCUUCCUAUCUUUUUAUAAAAUGUUGUAGAUAUUAUGUGAAUGAGCUAUUCUAUCGUGUAUAAUAAAUAUAUAACCCAUGGAUUUAACAAA